GUUUUGGCCCAAAUUUUACAAAACCAAAAAUCUGAGUUUUCCCGCCUUCCCGCCCCUCUCCUUUCUCUCUUUUCAUCUCUUCCAUUCUUUUACUCGUUAGUCGUUCCUAUUGACUUUUCGAGGUCUUGAGACGCUGCCACUCAGCUCCUUUCUUUUAUGUAUCGUUCUUUAAGCUAUCAUGUGAGAGCUUAACAGGGAUGAGAUGUUGAAGAAUUCUGCCAUUGGUGUGUUUCCAUGGAGCUCAACACACCUAAUAAGAGCCACCUCAUCUCCACUCCCCUUUCUCAGUUUGAGGAUUCUCCUGUGUUUAAUUACAUCAACAAUCUUUCCCCCAUUGAGUUAGUCAAGUCUGUACACAGCAGCGAUCAAUCAUUGAACUCUCUAGCGUUUUCAUCCCCUCCAUCGGUGUUUGCUUCACCUAAGCUUGUUUCUCAAAGAGACACAAGAUCCUUUCUUACAAGGCGUCAAUUCUUAGACCCAUCGAAACACGGGCUCUCUCAAGUUAAAGAUGCCAACAGUACAAGUGAAGGGGUUUCAGCGGCUGUUAAACUAUCUAACUCGUCUGCUGAACAAUUGGGACGCUUGGCUUCCAGCAGUUCAGCUAAAGAGGUUACCGCUGAGCCACUCAAUGAACAGUUGGAAUUAGCAAUUGAACUGCCAGAAGCCUUGAAAUGUGAUAUUGCUAGCCCAGAUAAAAACAUUGCGCCUCUUGAUGCAAUUAGGACAGACACAGAGACAGAAAAGGGAGACAAAUCAAAUGAGAAACAUUUUUCGUAUGAGAGUGAAAAGAAUUUGCGUAAAAUCUGUCGAAUUGAGCAAAGUGAAGAUGAAGCAGGAGUUGAUUGGGUGACAUUGGUUUCCAAUGUGGCUGAUGCCUUUUACUUUGAAUCAUCUGUCAUUGAAGAACACUCUGAGGAGCAGAAAUUAAUGGUGGAUCCUGGCACAAUCUCUUUUAUCUCAAAUGUACUGCAGAUCCCACAGGAUAAUACUAACGAAUUGGAGAAUAGUAAUGAUUAUUCAGAACAGGAAACGGGAGAAACAGGAACUCAGUCAACCGGGAAAAAUAAGGAAGCAGAUAAAAUGCCAGCUGUACUUUCUGGCACUCUACUGAAUAAGUUAGUUGUUAAUGAUGUGGCUGCUAAGGUGGAUGUCAAGGGGAAAAAACGUGAAUCUAGCUGCAAGCAGCAGAAUAGAAUACGAAGGCUGGUUUUUGAGAUGGCUGGGGCUCAUAAAAAGGAAACAGCAUGUCAAGAGAGUAAUGCUUAUCCCAUUUCAGUGCAAUCAGAUAGUGAAGUCGAUCACAUUGAAAAGCAUUCAACUCCAAGAAUAUCCAUGCUAUCAAGAAAGGGUAUAGGUUUGCACUUGAAUGCUCUGGCAACUACUUCAAGUGAUUGUAAAGUUGUCAAGAUUGCAACUCUAUCUUCUACAAGGCAAGAAACGAAGACAGGCCUGGUCCUUUGUGACAAUGAAGAUAAGGUCAUAGAAAAUGCUCCACAAACAUCCACUGAUGUUAGUGAUGACUUUGGAAUUAGUAGUCCUAAAGUCAAGAGGCCCAAAAUGGAACAUGUUGGGGCAGCCUGCAAGCGCUGCAAUUGUAAGAGGUCAAAAUGCUUGAAGCUUUACUGUGAAUGUUUUGCCGCUGGACUCUACUGUAUUGAGCCUUGUUCAUGUCAAGAUUGUUUUAACAAGCCUGCUCAUGAAGACACUGUUCUAGAGACUCGGAAACAGAUUGAAUCUCGCAAUCCUCUUGCAUUUGCUCCAAAAGUUAUUAGAAGCACAGAGUUUGCUUCUGAAUUUGGGGACGAAACUAACAAAACUCCAGCUUCAGCCAGGCAUAAAAGAGGAUGCAAUUGUAAAAAGUCAAGCUGCUUAAAGAAAUACUGUGAAUGCUUCCAGGGUGGCGUUGGUUGCUCCCCUAACUGUAGAUGUGAAGGGUGUAAAAAUACUUUUGGUAGCAAGAACGGAGUUGAAGAAAAUGAACUUGAAGGCGUUGAACCAGAAGAGCUCGAGAAGAAAUUUUCAGAUGUAACUUCACGUGAUAUGAUUGAAGAGGGUGAAGAAGAGCAUGCUGAUCGUCCAAUACCUUCUGAAACUGCCAGGUCUUCAAUUCAACUGCCAAUGACCCUUGGUGUAAGGUUCUCAAGAUCUCAACCUGCCUUUGGUGCAUCAUCUCAAAUGUGCCCCAGCCAAAAGCUUGGAAAAGAAAUUUUUCGCCAGCCUAAAUUCGAAACGCACCUUCAGGCGAUUCCGGAAGAAGAAACUCCUGAGGUACUGAACAGCAGUUGCCCACCUGCAAAUGGGGUGAAAUCAACCUCUCCAAACUGCAAAAGGAUUUCACCUCCUCAUCAAGGUUUUGGUUCAUCAGCUAUUUGGAGGAGCAGCAGAAAGUUGAUUCUAAGAUCUGUCCCGCCCUUCCCAUCUCUCAACUCACCACAUCAGCAAUGACUAACCUAUUGGUAAAACACCCAUAUCUGUGAUGCUGAGGCAUGUUGUACUAUGAGCUAAACAUGUAUAAUAGCAACUAAAAAAUCGAUCGCCAUUGAUAAAGCUAGCUUCUGGAACCUUCAAGAUUCAUGUAAUGCAGGUCUAACUUCAUGUAUCUCUAAUAGUUCGUCUUGAACAAGAUAAAAGCAGUGCCUGUAGCAUACCUUUAAACUCUCUGUAAGUUUAGCUGUAAACAGAUGUUCAUUAGUUCCAUAUGUAAUAUAUCUCUAAUUAGUAGUUCGACUGCACGUUGUGCGGUACUAAGAU